GGUUCAGAAGAACAUCACAAUGUCCCACAGGAUGAUCAUGUCGAUGGAGAUAAGGUUCUGAAUCCAUUUGAAGAUCUGAACAUUAUAUAUGUUACAGAGACAGAUGUGAAGGGUGAGGAGCAGAGUAUAGAGGACAUUCCUACAGAUAACUGCCCAGCAGAUGACUGUACCAGGAACUCAGAGGGAUAUCUGAUAUCUUCAGAUCGUAAAACAAAUGAUCAUGCUAUGGCUCAAGAUACAUAUGAAGAACAUGCCUUUAUCCCAAAUAUAUCAUCAGCCCUUCAUGACAAAGGGCCAUCAUCUGAUGCUUUAAAACAGAUCCAAACUUCUGAUUCAUCACAGACUGUAACACAAAAUAAAAGUCACAGAAGGAGUGAACAUCCAAGAGCUCACACAGAGGAAAAGCCAUUUUCAUGUUCAGAAUGUGGGAAAGAUUUUAAAUAUAAAUCACAACUUGUUAUACAUCAGAGAAUUCACACAGGGGAGAAGCCGUUCUCAUGUCCAGAAUGUGGGAAAUGUUUUUAUCAGAAAUCAAAACUUGUUUACCAUCAAGUAACUCACACAGGGGAGAAGCCAUAUUCUUGUUCAGUAUGUGGGAAAUGUUUUACAGAAAAGUCAAAUCUUGUUAUACAUCACAUGGUUCACACAGGAGAGAGGCCAUAUUCAUGUUCAGAAUGUGGGAAAUGUUUUGUCCAGAGACCAAAACUUAUUAGGCAUCAAAGAACUCACACAGGGGAGAAGCCAUUUUCAUGUUCAGAAUGUGGGAAAUGUUUCGGAGAUAAAUCAGAUCUUGUUACUCAUCAGAAAAUUCACACAGGGGAGAAGCCAUUUUCAUGUUCAGAAUGUGGGAAAUGUUUUAGAAAUAAAUCGGCUCUUCUUACUCAUCACAAAAUUCACACAGGGGAGAAGCCAUAUUCAUGUUCAGAAUGUGGGAAAUGUUUUAAGCAGAAAGUAUAUCUUAUUAUUCAUCAGAGAAUUCACACAGGGGAGAAGCCAUUUUCAUGCUCAGAAUGUGGGAAGUGUUUUGCUCAGAAAUCAGAUCUUGUUAAACAUCAGAGAAUUCACACAGGAGAGAAGCCAUUUGCAUGUUCAGAAUGUGGAAAAUGUUUUAUCCAGAAAUCAAAACUUACUAAGCAUCAACUUAUUCACACAGAGAAGAAAUAAUUUCAUGUUUAGAAUGGUCAGCCCUUGCUGAUCAUCGAAGAACCCACACAAGGGAGAAGCCAUAUUUAGGUUCAGAAUGUGGAAGUAUUUUGACAAGAAUUCAAAUCUUGCAGCACAUCAGAGACUUCACUUAGAGGAGAAACCACAUUUAUGAUCUAAACGUGGGAAGCGUUUUACAAAAACAAUCUAAACUUGUUAAACACUGCAGCAUCCACAUGGGAGAAGCCAUUCAUAGAAUCUGAAAAGUGUUUUACAGAUAAAUGAAAUGUUGUAAUGUGGGAAAUGUUUUACAAAUAAUGAGAUAAAUCACUAUAUCUUGUUACAAGAGAAUUCACAUGGGGAGAAGCCAUUCUCAUGUUCAGGAUGUGAAAAAUAUCCAGAAAUCAAAUCUUAUUAGGCAUCAAAUAAUUCUCCCAGGGAAAACCAUAUGUCUGAAUGUAGGAAUCAUUUUUACAGAUAGGUGUUAUGCAUCAUACAGGUGUCCCCCAACAUGUUUCACUGCACUAAGCAUCUACCUCCUUUCAUAGCCUUCUGUGACUCAUCUUAGGUGAACUGACCCCUCCUAAUGAUGUUACUAUUGAUGGUUGAUCAAGAGUCAUAUGAUCAUACCUUGCUGGACUACAAUGUGGUCAGGUAUAGUGUGCUUUCCAGCGAUCACCAUACCAGAAGCGAGAUGCGUUCCAUUGACGUCAGACUGGAGGUUUCCUCGUUAAAUAUAUAUGUAUUCCGCCUAUAGAAACAUCUUGAAUGCUUUCUUAAUUAUCUAAAAAUAAAACCUACUAUU